UCAAAUCAGGUGAGGAGUCAGCUGACGUUCAGAAACAGGAAGACGGACAGCGGAAUUUUAAAAGACACAGACGGGUAUCGCGUUUCUCUGCAUGUUUCAUAUUGUCAGCAAAGUUAACUAGUCAUCUGACAAAAUGUUCGGCGGAGACGAUGAAGACGGGGAUUUCUUGUCUCCUACAGGAGGAGCCAAGUUAGCCUCUUUGUUUGGAGUAGGUGAAGAAACCAGUCAGGGGAAUGAAUCAUUCCAGUACACAGCACCAAAACAGCCUAGAAAGACCUCAAAUUCAGCAGCACCCACACAGAAACCAUCUCCAGCACCUGGUGCUCCUGCAGUGUUGAGCGCUACAGCAGUCCAAGCCUUUAGAUAUAUUAAUGGGCAAUAUGUGAAACAAGGAAAACUGGGAGCAGCUGUACUCGGCAACCACACAUCUAAAGAGUACCAACUACUUCUGUACAUGAGUCAACAAAAACAAGUGACCAGUGCAAAGAUUCACGUCGGCUUUGUUUUCACAGUACAACCAAAUAACUACUGCACUUUUUAUGAUGACCAGAGGCAGAACUGGUCGCUAAUGUUUGAAUCGGAAAAGGUUUCAUCAGACUUUUGCAAAGAGGUAUGUUUGGCGAAAGCCAACAGUUCUCCAUCCUUAGAUGUUGUGGUGAUUCAGGACGUGAGCCUGGGGGAGAGCCAGGCGGUGGAGAACGGAGACUCUCUGGAGGUGGCGUACACAGGCUGGCUGCUGCAGAACCACGCUGUCGGACAGAUGUUUGACUCCAACCAGAACAAAGGCAAGCUGCUACGACUGAAACUUGGUGCUGGGAAAGUGAUUAAAGGCUGGGAGGAGGGGAUGCUGGGAAUGAAGAAGUCAGGCCGUCGUGUCAUUGUCAUCCCUCCUAAUCUUGCCUACGGAUCCAAAGGGGUCCCGAACCGCAUCCCAGCUAACAGCACUCUUAUUUUUGAGGCUGAGCUUCGACGGGUGAAGUUUUACAAGGACAGUGGAUCUGAUCAGGCUAGUCUCAGUUCUAGAGACUCUGUUGGUCCUUCCCCGGUUUCCACCCCUGCCCCCAGUGUAGAGAAUCUGGCCUCAGUUCCUCCAGCAGAGGCCGCUGUCUCUGAGCCAGGCCGAACAGGAGAGGCGUCUCUUCGUGUAAAAUCAAACUCCCUGAGUGAACAGCUGGCAAAUCCAGAUGCCACAAAGGCCAAGCUGAUCUCGCGUAUGGCAAAGAUGGGCCAGCCCAUGUUGCCCUUUAUAACGGGGGUCCCCAGCCAGCUGGAUUCCAGUGACUCUGAGCUUGAGGACACCAGCGGCUGCAGAAUGAAGGAUGUGCCUGCUGCUCCAUCUCCAGUGCAGAUCUCCAUGGCUGCUUCAACUGCAGCACAGGUACAUCAUCACCAUCAUCCUCACACAGCGCCACCUUCUGCCUUAGUCCCUCUUAUGACUACUAUUCCCCACCAGCCAGGGUUGCCGAGUAAUGCUCCUGCCUUUCAGCCUUACUCUCAGACAUCUGUGGCUCCAUCUCCACUGCAGCCAGUUGGCCAAAUCUGUCCAACACACACGGUCCCAUACAUGGGCUCCGGUGAUGUGACUUCCUUCUUGAUGACAGAGGCUCGGCAACACAACACAGAGAUCCGAUUAGCUGUGGGCAAAGUAGCCGAUAAAGUGGAUCAAUUGGCCUCCAGGCUUGAUGGCAUUCAGAGUAAAGGGAAUCUUUCUGUGGGUAUCUCUGGAAUGUCCAUGGAAACCUCUUUGAUUAUGCACAAUAUUGAAAGAAUAAUCCAGGAAAAUGAAUGUUUAAAGAAGGAAGUUUUUGAGAAAAGCUCCCGCAUUGAUGAUCAAAACCGGAAGAUUGGGGAUCUUAUCAACCAGAAUCAGAGGUACAUGGAGAAGAGCAAUUUGCUACUGGAACAGAGGAACGACUCCCUCAAGUCUUCUAGUGAACAGAAUCAAGCAAGACUACUGCAGGCUGAGCAAGACAAGCUUGCACUACAUCAGGACCUGGGCUUUGGCCAGGUUCGUUUGACAGAAGAUCUGGCUGCGUCCACAGCCCGUCUGUCUCAACUGCAGCUAGAAGCUUCUGCUCACCAACAAAAAGCUGUAGAACUGCAGACCAAACUCAGUUCAGUGCUGCAGGAUAAUGAAAACCACUGCCAGCGCAUCACUGUCCUGGAAAAAGAGGUGGAAGAGCUUAAUGAGACAGCAGAGAGGACUCAGGCUCAGUACCACUCGGAGAAACAAAGACGUAAAGAAAUGGAGUUGAAAGUCAUCAACAUAGAAGAGGAAGUUCAGGACCUGAAGACCGAUAAAGACCACUUAGAACGAAUGCUGUCAGAAAGGAAGAAGAAAUGGCAGAUGGAGCGUCAGCGUCGAGAUGAGGAGAUGGAGGAAGUCCGCCGAAACAGUCAGCAGGAGCAGGACAACCUCAGAGCUCAGCUUUACGCUGCCAGAUCAAGCAGUGGCAAUGCCGCGUCUGAGCAGUUGUGUCAGCUGCAGGCAGACCUGGAGGAAGCGUGGAAGAAAAAAUGUGAGCGGGCACUGGCCUCUGCUAAAGAGCAGCACGUCAGAGAGCUAACUGAGGUGACGGAGCAGAAGGAUGCCCUCAAAGACCAGCUGACUCAGUUGCAGGAAAAGUUCACAGUUCUGAAGCAGUCGAGAGACUCGGAAGAACAGGUUUUGUUGCAGCACCAGGUGCAGAAUGAGGAGCUGCAAACCCUUCAGGAAAAAUACACUACCUUGGAGCAGCAAGAAGAAGCUUUAAGGGAGAAACUGCAAAGAAGAGUGGCUGAACUGGAAACAAAUUUGGCAGAACAGCAGAGGUCAUCAGAUACUGCAGCAGAGGUGAAGCGUGUGAUGAACGGAGUGUUCCAUUCUCUGCGAGCAGAGUUCGACCUCAGUGAAUAUUACAGUGGUCAGGUUGUGCUCAGAGUGAUUGUCAACACCAUAAAGAAUGUAACUCUGCAGCUGCUUAGUGAUGCAGGAAAAUCACCACCGACACAAGUGAGGGAAAAGGAAAAUGUAGAAGAGGAGGAUGAAGAAAAUGAAGUGAAACAUCAAACUGAGGAACUUCAUCAGAAUGUGAAUGGAGAUGGAGGAACCGGAGAGGAAGAAAAGGAGGGUGAACAUUCAGGUGAUUUGGAAUCUCAGCAACCUGACAAAGUCCAGAUGGAAGAGGAAGUUACGAUGGAGAUGGAGGCACCAAUCACAACAGAAUCAGUGACACAGAGCCAGUCAGAAGCUUCACAUGGUCAUCUGGUUUCAGGCACUGAGUCAGCACCACAGGAGACACCAGGCACUGAGUCAGCACCACAGGAGACACCAGACACUGAGUCAGCACCACAGGAGACACCAGACACUGAGUCAGCACCACAGGAGACACCCGUAACGGGCAUGCAGCACGAGCAGGAACCACAGUGUGAACCUUCUGAGGAGAGUUCAGGAGUCUCCUGUGAGUCUCCAGAUUCAAAUGAAGUCACUGAGAGUUCACCACCAGAUGGAAACGCUGCUGUGAGCGAUGAGGUGGUCGAAGGAGAUGCUGAAGGAGAGCAGGUCACUGCCUCUGAGAAAGUCUUUGCACCUCCUGCUAACCCACCACCCCUACCACAGGAACUUCCUCAAACCACUGCAGAAGUACCAGAGCCAACCAAAGAAACUCCUGAGGAAAAUGGAGAGGAGCUGUUUUUUGAGGUCCCCACUCCCACCAAGCGCCCUGCAGCACCCAGUGUGGAAGAAGAGGAAGAUGAGCUGAACUUGAAGGGCCGUCCUCCACCAACACCACUAUUUGGUGAUGAGGACGACGACGAUCUGGAUUGGAUGAACUGAGACGCACGUAAAAUAAAGUCGGAAUAAUCAGCACUACAAAGAUGUGGUGGAGGACAAGCGCCGUCUGUCCAGCGAUGCAGUGAGGACAAAUCUUGCCUCUACUGGGACCUGGUUUGACGGUGUUGUAGGAUGUCCUGGUGCUUGGUCCCGCUGACUGACAGAUGCUGCUGCUGUGACAACAGAGAUUUUAACUUUGAAAUGAGAAGUCUGGAAUUCUGUCCAAUCAAGAUCACUUUGUCCUAUUGGUGGUAAACAUUCUGCAGUGUCUGUUAAAUCAGAAAUGUUUUUAAUGUAAUUAUAAUGUGUGCGUGUGUUCAAUCAAGUCAUCCUGUUGUUACUCAUUUCCUAAUGCACCAUUAUGUAUUUUAAUUGUUCGCAAGGCUCUUUGAGAAAUUGAAUUUUACAUGUUUUUUGCUAACCUGAGUUUGAUGAAGAAAAAUAAAGGUCAGGAGUUCUGUAU